GUUGCCUCCGGGAAGCCGCCUGGCUCCCAGGCUCCGGCCCGGCGCGUGGUGCUGGGGAGACCAGACGGGGCGCCCGCUGGCAGCGCUGCAUGGGGCUCCCGCGCGGCCCGCUCUUCUGGCGGCUGCUGCUGCUCGGGGCUGUCUCCUCGGGGAUCCUCCUCACUCUCCUCUCCGCGGCGGGGAGGCCGCACUGGGGGCUCCGGGCAGGAGCCAGGUACACCACAGCAUCUCAAGCAUUCACCAGACCCAAGGCAGCGGAUUCUGGGACAAGGAAGGGCAGGCCCUGCAGAUACCCGCUUGCUCAGGCCGUUCAGCAGGACCCCCACUUCCGGGCUCUGUUCAACUUCUCCCAGCCAGUGCUGCUGGCCGCGGGGCUCUUCUCCCAGGAGCUCUGGGACAGCCUGAGCCAGCGCCGAGCCCCCUACGGCUGGCAGGGGUUCCCCCGCCAAGACAUCGCCUCCACCCUGAGCCUUCUGAACAGCUCAGACAGCGCCCAGCUCUUAGGCUCCAGGGAGCCGCGCAGGGACUGCAUCCGGUGCGCCGUGGUGGGUAACGGGGGCAUCCUGAACGGCUCCCGCCAGGGUCCCAACAUCGACGCCCACGACUACGUGUUCAGACUCAAUGGUGCUGUGAUCAAAGGCUUCGAGAAGGAUGUGGGCACCAAGACCUCCUUCUACGGGUUCACUGUGAACACGAUGAAGAACUCGCUCAUCGCCUACAGAACAGCGGGCUUCACCGCCGUGCCGCGAGGACAGGACCUGCGCUACAUCUUCAUCCCCUCAGACCUCCGUGACUAUGUGAUGCUGAGAUCGGCCAUUCUGGGUGUGCGCGUCCCCAGUGGCAUCGAUAAAGGUGACAGGCCUCAGACCUAUUUCGGACCAGAAGCCUCUGCCAGCAAAUUCAAGCUACUCCAUCCAGCCUUCAUCAGCUACCUGACGGAGAGGUUUUUGAAAUCAAAGCGGAUUAUCUCGAAAUUUAAAGACUUAUAUAUGCCUAGUACCGGGGCCCUCAUGCUGCUGACAGCGCUACAUGCCUGUGACCAGGUUAGUGCCUAUGGAUUCAUCACAAGUAACUUCUGGAAGUUUUCCGACCACUACUUCGAUCGAGUUAAGCAGCCACUGGUAUUCUAUGCAAAUCACGAUCUGUCCCUGGAGGCAGCUCUGUGGUGGGACCUGCACAAGGCCGGCAUCCUGCAGCUGUACCAGCACCGAGCUUGAUUCUUGCUGAGCUGGGGGCCAACUCCCCGAGACCCACUCCUUCCCUCAGGUGACACUGAGGUGUGUGUGACUACCACUGAAGCCUGUUCAUUGUGAAACACCCUAUCUUGCCCUUGGUUCAUCCAAGAAAGCUCCCACGUCUGAGACAGACACCUCCUGGGUCAAGGGAGAAUGGACUGUCCCACUGGCUUUGUUUAAAACGGAAGAGAACACUCCCAAGAUGUGACGUCACCCUCCCCAAGGGAUAGCCGGACCUCAGAGCUGAGCCUCAAGAUCAACAGGUGCUGAGCAGCACUGGGAAGUCAAUGGAGGACUAGACCACACUCCCUCACAGGCACCUGCACACUCCCAGCCAGUCCUCCCGCGGACAUGCGACCUCCAAGGCAAUUCAGCUCAAGGCCACGUCUUCACCUCUCCGAGACCAUGACCGACAUACACGAGCGCCGUGAGAAAGAGGCAGCGCAAAAGGCAGAAUGUAAUCUGAAACCAGGUAAUUGCAUAAAUGAUGGAUGGCCGUCU